UUAAACGGAGUAGAUGAUCAAAAUAACAAAUUUCGAAGAUUUCCUAAACCAAUGCAACUUGUACUUGUGUGAAGCUAUAAUUCCAAACGUAUGCGCGCGCCCUUUGCUUGAUAAAGCUUCGCCUUCCGAAAUCCGAAAUCCACAACUUUCAAUUAGCUCCACAAUAAACUUUAGGUAGAAAUCUCUCCUGUGUGAAAAAGGGUGCGAUUUAGGGUUUGAAAUACGGGCAUUCCAGUUAAUGGCUGCUAAAGACAGAAUUAGUGGACUACCUGGUGAUAUAUUUGACCAUAUUUUGGGGUUCUUACCAAUUCGAGAUGCUGCUAGAACAUCUGCUUUGUCUGCAGUUUGGAGAGAUGCUCAGUUAAGUCUUUCCCAACUCAAAUUUGACAAUGACUUUUUCUCUCACAUCCGGUGCCACUACAUUGCACAAUCAGCCAUUGAUACGUUUGUAAUUUCCAUAUGCAUGUUUGUGUUUUUAAUUAGUUUUGCUUGAUCUUUACUAUGGAAAUUACACACUUUUGGUGUAAUAGAUUAGUUUGUUAAAUUCAUGUAAAUAAUUUAGAUUAGAUAUAUUCUUAGCUCAAACAGGUCCUGAUCACUCAAAGUACAGUUGGUGAACCCAAAAAAGUGGAAAGAAGGUGCAUAAUUUGAAGACAAAAGAAGGAUCCUUAAUUUUGGUCUAUACUCGGUCGAGUAUUAACUAUACUCGAUCGGGUAUUAGGUUGAAACUUCAAAUCAGAUCAGAUCCGAAGACAAGGGAACAUGUCAGGAGGAUUUCGGCCACGAUUUAAUGUCUAUACCCGAUCGGGUAGACCGACAUACCCGAUCGGGUAUGCCUUUGAGUUUUAAACGAAGAUCGGUCGAGUAUGGCUCGAAUACCAUUUUCUAAGCAUACUCGACCGGGUAUAAACAUAUACCCGAUCGGGUAUACCUGUGGAAAAUAGCCUGAAACCGAUCGAGUAUACCUCGAAUCGAGUAUUACACACAUACUCGAUCGGGUACCAUGUAUAUACCCGAUCGAGUACCCGAAUCCCAUCCCAAAAGCCUAUAAAUACACCUCCUUUCCUUCACAAAAAGAGAUCCAAUUCCUUUGUACAUCUAAGCUCAGUAUAGAAUAGUUCUUUCUUUAUAUUUUUCAUCAUGUUUAGUCUCCAAAUGAGGAGCUAAACUCUUCCAUCUUGGUUUUGCUACUUUGAAGCUUAAUGAAUUUGUAAGUUGUGAGUUAUUUUCUUUAAUCUUCUUCCUUGAAUAUUAAUUCUUCUUUUAAAAUACUAUUUCUAUAUCAAAGUUGGGGAGUGUUACUAAGAUGACAAUUAGUUAACAUCUUGACAUUGGUUAUAAUAAUAGCUAUUUCUUCCUCUAUGUUAAUAUUGGGGAGUGUUACUAGGAUGACAAUUAGUCAACAUCUUGAUAUUAAUCAUAGUAGGAUUCAUAUUCUUUAAUAUUCUUCCUUGAGUAUUAAUUAAUUCCUAUUCAUAUUUCAUGUUAAUAUCUUAAACAUUACUUAAAGUAUCAACUAGUAUUGUUUCUCAUAUUAAUUAUUACUAGAAUCAGUCGGUUAAUACGCUUGUUAUUAAUCCGGUUCUUUCAACGGUAGUAAACUUGGAAUGUUAAUGCAUGCAUCUCAUGGUUAAUAUGCCAAGGGGAAUUAAUUAUAUCGAUUAAACCAAUAAACCGCUUGUGUUGAGAUUAUCAAUCUCAAUCGUUUUCAUCUUAAGUUUAUUGCUACUAUCAAGUUAAUAUACGGCGCUUGUUCUAUAUUGACUCGAUAGUAAGUUUUAUUAAUGAAUGCAUCUCGUUAUUAAUAACUACCCUCGAUGAACUGGAUAUACUCCUCGAUUGAGUAUUCGAGAGGAAGAUAGUUAAAGAUAUAACCGGGAUCGGCGAACAUUUCAUUAAGUGGAUAAAAGUAAAACCAAGUCCUCAUCUCAUUAAAUUAAACUCAUAUAGGUUGUUUAUCUUAGUGUUUUUAAAUCUAACAAAUCUAAACCCCCCUUGUUACUACUUAUAUUGAAGAAAAGUAUUCCUUUCCCUGCGGAUACGAACCUUACUUCACUAUACUACGUAUUAGUGCUGUAUUGAUAAAUUAUUUUGAGUGCACCUCACGACAAGUGCACGUCAGCCAUGAUUGUAAUUAGCAAAAUUCUCAUGAAACACAAGGGACCUAUUAGAAAGUUUGUUUUCCGGUGUUUCAUGUUUAAAAAAGGAGAUAUGAGAAAGUCUAGAUGGGUUGAAUUUGAUGAAUGGUUACUUUUUCUCACAAGAAAUAGGGUUGAAGAAUUGGACCCGUUUUUUAUGCCAUCGGCAUACGUACUGCCAGAUUUCAUCAUUUCUUGCUCAACCCUCAAGAAGCUGCGUCUUUUUGGGGUGUUUCUUGAACCAAUAAAGACCCCCUGCAUAUUUCCCAAUGUCACUUCUCUUUGUCUUCAAUGUGUUCUGUUUGGUUCCAGAAAUCUUCUUCAUUCUCCCACUGCUCUUCCAAUGCUCAAGAGUCUUGAGUGUGCAAAUAUAUCUAGUUUCAACAUUACUGCCCCAAAACUUCGAAGUUUAAAAGCUCUUGGUCGUACUAUUCAUGGUGUACUUCCGGUUACGUUGGACUUGAAUCCCAUCUGUUCUCUUCAUCUCUGUGAUUGUUCUGCUAAGGAUAUUAUUGAAGAAUUAACUAGACUGGGAAAACAUGGAAGUACACUCAAUGUGGGAUGCCUCAAGCUACAUUUGUGGGUGGAACAUGAUGAAAUUCCUUCCUUCAUUAAUUUGUUGCGAAUGUGCCCACAGCUAUACAAAGUUGAUGUACAGCUAUCGGUACCUAAGUCGGUAAUCUUCGGCGUAAUGGAUAAUCAUUGUUCUAUUAAAUUAAACUGUUCAUGUAUCCUCUUAGGUUGUGGAAAUUAUUGUUGGCCUGAAUGAGAUAUUCUCAUUUUUCUAAAUGCUUUUAGACUGAUGUAGUGGCUACUACUAUGGACACAGUAUUGGAGCAUCCGGAGUUUAUUGUCACUGAAACAUGCAAAAGCGUCCAUAUGUUGAAUCUUUCUUGUGCUUUUCGAGGGUCUAGGCCCGAAAUGCUGCUCUUCAAGUGGCUACUGUCGUGCUUUCCCAUGCUUGAGAAGGUUUUCAUAUUUCAGAGUAAAGUAUUUUGCUCCAACACGGAGUUUAAAAAUGAGAGAAAGCUUUUGCGCUUUCUGCGGGCUUCUUCAAAAGCAAAAAUUGUUUAUACCUAAAAACGUGUUUAGAUUUUAAGUGUUUUGCACUAUAGUACAUAACUUCAGGUAUGUAAACUGUCUACCUCUGUAUAGAAUUUUCCACCACUUUUGAACUUCUUUAAGGGGAUUUCUCAAUCAGCUAAACCAUGAGUGGAAUUAUACACCGAAGAUAGGGUAGACCCGUUUGGGCCUUCCAAAAGUAAGAUUCUUGACUAUAUUCGGUUCGAUGUUCGAAGAUGGUUUUGAUUUUGUGAUGAUUUCAAUUGUUACAAGCUUUUUGUUUUUAAAUGUCAUCCAAUGAUUUUGAUAUUUAAUUAGAGGACUUUCUGUGUUUUUAAAAUGAAAUUAAUGUGGGAAAAUCAUCAAAUAGUGUUCGUAAUAUUUCAAAAUAAUCAAUUGAAAUAGCGAAAAAAACACUCCAUUAAACUUGUAAACUUUACUGUGUAUAAUAUUUACGAACACAUUGCUUCACACUGUUUGUUAAGCCUUAUUUUGGUUUUACAAAAUUAUUAAUAAAGGAGUGAAAAGUAAAAGUUGUUGUUGAGAUUUAUAUACUACCUCCGUUUGUUUUAGUUGCAACAUUCGUGAAUUAUAUAUUAUUCACAUUCUCAACUUGGCUUUAUUUUAUUUAUUAAUGUAUAAUAAUUUUUACUAAAAUUGUUAAAUUCCCCCCAUUUUAAAUUUUCUCAAUCUGAAUUUUUUAUUUAUUUACAAAUAAAAAAUGAAAUAUAUGGAUAGUCAACUAUCGAGGUGAUGUACAAGAAUGUGCCAACUAUCGAGGGAUUAAGCUUAUGACUCACACCAUGAAACUUUGGGAACGAGUGAUUGAGCAAAGAUUUUGAAGAACUGUAAAGAUUUCAGAGAAUCAAUUCGGUUUUAUGCCUGGUCGCUCAACAAUUGAGGUCAUUCACCUUCUUUGGCAACUUAUGGAGAAGUAUAGAGACGCUUAUAAGGAUCUGCAUUUGGUGUUCAUUGACUUAGAAAAAACAUAUGAUAGGGUACCUCGAGAAGUUCUUUGGUGGGUCUUAACUAGGAAAGGCAUAUCAUGCAAAUAUAUCAGCAUCAUCAUGGAUAUGGAUGAGGAUUGUACUACAAGUGUCGUACUAGUGUAGGGAGGACUGAAGAGUUCCCUAUUACUAUCGGAGUGCACCAAGGAUCGGCCUUGAGCCCUUUCUUAUUUGUCAUAGUCAUGGAUGAACUUACGAAGUCAAUUCAAGACGAUAUACCUUGGUGCAUGAUGUUUGCCGACGAUAUUGUAUUGAUUGAUGAGACACAAUCAGGUCUUAAAGCAAAGUUGGAAAUAUGACAACAAACAUUGGAGAAUAAGGGUUUCAAACUAAGUCGGAGCAAGACAGAGUACAUGGAGUGCAAGUUUGGUGGAGGUAAAAGCAGUGGUAAUAGCGGAAUUACUCUGGAUGGUAAGGAGAUACCAGUCAGCGAUAUGUUCCGUUACUUGGGCUCCAUAAUUUAGACGGACGGUGAGUUAGAUGGAGAUGUAUCCCAUAGAAUCAGAACAUGGUGGAUGAAGUGGAAGAGUGCGUCAGGAUUUCUAUGCGAUUGAGGUAUGUCGACUAGACUGAAUGGUAAAUUUUAUAGGACAGCAAUUAGGCUUGCAUUACUGUAUGGCGUAGAAUGUUGGGUGGUGAAAAAAUGUCACAUUCAAAAGAUGAGUGUGACAAAGAUGCGCAUGCUGCGUUGGAUGUGUGGGCAUACUAGGAAGGACCGCGUGAGGAAUGAGAUAAUCAGACAAAGGGUGGGAGUAGCACCUAUUGAAGACAAGAUGCGGGAGUCACGCCUACGGUGGUUUGGUCAUGUGCGUAGAAGACCGAGUGAUGCACCUGUCAGACGAGUUGAGAUGUGUGGAGAAGAGGUAGGGAAGAGAGGGAGAGGAAGACCCAAACAGACGUGGGUUCGGGGAGUUCAAAGUGAUAUGUUUUUUCUGGGGUUGGAUGAGGGCAUGACUUUGGAGAGAACUAAGUGGGGAGGUGGGUAUUCGUGUGGAGGAGUGAUCUCGUAUCAUCUUUUUCCUUCAUCUUUUUUUCCUUGUUUUUUAUCCUUAUAUAUGUAAGCAUUAUUUGUAUCCUUUUUAUUUUAUCAUUUUUUAUGUAUAUUCAUCUCUUUUUAUAUUAUCUUUUUCUAAUAGCUUAUCUUUUUUAUCUUUAUUUUCAUUCUUUUUCCUUUUGGUUGUGAUAUCAUGUAUCGAUUCAUGUUAGCCGACCCCAAUAUCUUUUGGGACUAAGACUUGGAUGUUGUUGUUGUUAUUGUUGUAUGGAUAGUCAAACUUUUGUGUUGACUAACAUGAAAAUUGAACUGUUGUAACUAAAAAGAAGAGAUGAGGCAUAAUAAAGUGAUAGGUUGUUAGUUCAUAAAUUUCUUUCUAAAUUUAUAAUUUAGAAGUUUCUCCGAGUCAUUUUAUUCUUCACUCUUUGUGAGACUAGAUUAGACUUGGGUUUGUACAUAUUUAUUUUGGGCCGAAGGGCUUUAUUUCUUUGUACACACUUGUAUAAAUACUCUUGUAUUGUGUUAAUAGAAGGCAAGAAAAGAUUUUCUCUCCAUUUAGCAUAACCGUUCCAAUAUGGUAUCAGAGCCGUGAGGGAGUCUCAUGCAAUACCUAUGUUCGACGCCGUCUUCCUCGCAGGUCUGCACCAGUGUGCUUCGGCCCAGCGAUAUGGGCGAUAUCACUUCUCCAUAUUAUUUUGGUUCAGGAGAUCAGCCCGGGAACCUUAUUACUCAUAUAAUUUUCAAACGCCGUCUUCCUGCCUGUUGAUCAUUGUGUAAAAUCUAAAAUGAAUAGCGAUUCAGACUUAGUUUGAUGUACAGGUAUGGGUCGGAAUAUUAUUUGUAUCCAUUUCAUGUGUUAGAAAGAAAUUCAAUAAUCAAGCACUAGUGUUCGUAAUGCCUGUCCGUAUUUCUAGGCUUCAAGUUUGAUGUUCAUAUAUUCAUGUUUAGCAUCUGCAUGUAGCUGUAGUGAUUGCAUUUCAAUUACUCCCUCCGUCCCUAAAUUAUCUUCAAACUUUCCUUUUUCGUCCGUCCCAAAAUUAUCUCCUCUUCCCCAUUUUAGCGAAAAAUUUGUGAUUCACAACCAUUCUUACACAUUUCUCUCUCCUCUGCACAACUCUCCACCACACAAAUCCCACUAUCUUAAUAAAUGUGCCCAGCCGAAAAGGGAGAAAGAUUAGGGACCGAGGGAGUACUUGUUUUAUAGCUUUCUGGAAUAUGGUUUAAUUGGUUGUGCUUCCUUCAAUUCGCAUCUCUUAAAGUUAUCUAGGGAUUCUGGGGCAUGGCUGCUAAUGACAGAAUCAGUGGACUUCCCGGUGAUAUACUUGACCAUAUUUUGGGGUUCUUACCAAUCUCAGAUGCUGCUAGAACUUCUGCUUUGUCUACAGUUUGGAGAGAUGUUUGGUUAAGUCUUUCCAAACUCAGCUUUGACAGUAUAUUUUUCAAUUACAUCCGGUGCCACUACAUUGCAGAAUCAGCCAUGUUUGUAAUCAACAAAAUUCUCAUGAAGCACAAAGGACUUAUUCGAAAAUUUGUUUUCCAUUUUCGUAAUUUCUUGUGGGCAAAAAGAAAUGCAAACAGAAAUGCAAAUUGUAGUUGGGUUGAAGUUGAUGAAUGGUUACAUCAUCUCACAAGAAAUGGAGUUGAAGAAAUGGACCUGUCUUUUGGUCCAACUACAUAUGUAUUGCCUGAUUUCAUAUUCUACACGCACGUAUUGAAUAAAUAUAGAUGUAUCAAAAU